UAUCUGCCGCGCAGAGUUUCCCAUUUCGCUUAGGUUUAGUUGGCAACGCUAUGCCUACAAUACAAAACAGCUGUUGAUUACAAGACAAGCAGCAAGCAGCUGUUAGUAGCAUUGAGUUAUUCACCGGUCACAUAUUUUAUCGUUACAUGAUUUUUUACUUCGCAUUUGUGUAAAUUUAUAAGAUAAAAUGUUAACGAAUAUUCGGCAACUAAGUACAAAACAACUGCUGCAAAUCUUUAAAGUCAGUUGGUGUGAUAACUCAAAAUCAGUUAGUCGAUACAACUCAUCACUCAACUACAGCACGCAACCAGUCUACCAAAACAUUUUCGAUAGAAAUGCAAAGCGUUUGCAAAAAGAACGUGCAGCGCGAAACCCCGACGUAGAGCUUUAUGACUACUUGAAGGAAGAGGUUGGUUUCCGACUAGCGGAUCGCAUCAUUGAUAUUAAGCGUGAAUUCGCAAAUGCCGCAGAUAUUGGCUGCAGUCGUGGAUUUCUCUCCAAACACAUUAUGGCUGAGAGUGUACAGCAUCUAACGCUGUGCGACACUAGCCCCACAAUGCUAGCACAAGCACAGGGUACGCCGGGUUUGAAAUUGACCAAGUUAGAGCUGGAUGAGGAAAAUUUGGAUUUUCCUGAAAACUCGCUAGAUUUGGUGAUAUCCAGUUUGAGUUUGCAUUGGGUUAAUGAUUUACCGGGUUGCUUUUCAAAAGUAAUGCGUAGCUUAAAACCUGAUGGCGUUUUUAUAGCAUCACUAUUUGGCGGUGAUACGUUGUAUGAGCUACGUUCAUCGCUGCAAUUGGCCGAAAUAGAACGCAAAGGCGGGCUGGCACCGCAUAUUUCGCCCUUCACACAGAUUAGAGACGUAGGUGCAUUGCUAAACCGUGCUGGCUUUACUAUGCUAACCAUCGAUACGGACGAAAUAGUAGUGGGAUUUCCAAGCAUGUUUGAACUUAUGUGGGAUUUAAAGGGUAUGGCAGAGAAUAAUGCAGCUUUCAAUAGACCAGCACAUAUUAGUCGCGAGACUAUGUUGGCAGCAAGCGCUAUUUAUAAGGAACUAUAUGCUAAGGAUGAUGGCGUGUCAGCUACAUUUCAAAUAAUAUAUUUUGUCGGUUGGAAGCCGGGCCCAAAUCAACCGAAACCCUUGGAAAGAGGAACUGGUGAAGUUUCCUUAAAGGAUUUGGGCAAGAUUAUCGAAACAGGUGGACCAAAGAAAACGUCAUAAAUCGAAAGUAGCGCAGUUCAAUGAUGUUGAAAAAAACAAAUGUUUGUAAAAAUUUAAACACAAUUGUAAUAGGCUUAAAC